AUGUCGCGCGAUUCGAUGCUCGGUGGAGCAGCCGACCCGCAAGCUGGUGCCGGUCCAACUACUCGAAGGCAUCGUCAUCGUCAAGGGCCUUCGCGAUCCUCUACUGCUAGAGCUUCCUCUGUCGCCAGGGCCCAGCUGGAGCCCAAGCUGGCCAGCCUACCAGAUGAGUUAUUGCGCCACAUUUUUGAGUCUGUAGCCCUCAUCUCGCGCCGGGAUCUCUGUGCCGUGUCCUUGGUCAAUAAGCUGUGGCACGAACUGGCCGACGAGAUUCUCUACAAGAAGCUUCAGUUCAAGAACCCAGAGCAGCACCUCGUCUUUAGUCAGUCCUUGAGCCGCCGCAUGCGCCGCGGUUCUGCGAUCCAAGAUGUCAGCCUCGAGUACCCCACACAUGAGCUGUCGCAUCUCAGACUCGACGGGCACAUCCAUGGCUCGCACUACCAUCCGGCCAAUUUUGAGGCGCUUUCCAGGACCAUCAGCACCAUGAGCAACCUCGAGAAGCUUGAAAUCUCCGUCCCAGUAACGCUUCUCCAUGGAAUUGGGGCAUUGUUCAAUGGGCCUUUUGACCUAGCCUGCCUCAAGUCAUGCACGCUCUUCUACCAGUGUCCGGACGACGCCUACUGGGACCUGCGCGAAAACAUUCACAUCUUUGCGCAUCCAACGCUGGAAGCUCUCACCAUUCGCCGCGCCAAGCUGGACUAUCGGGGUUUUGACUUUAUCGAGAAACCACACGAAACAUCGCUGCAUAUCCUGCAUCUCAUCGAGUGCGACAUCAGCGACGAUGGUUUGUCGGAUGUCCUCGAAUUUCCCAAAGGACUAAAAGAAUUUGUAAUGACUCAGCUCGAGGAGCCAAUGCCUGAACUAGAAGAGAGCUCCGACAAUAUGAGCGACUACAUCAUGGCUCUCAAAUCCCAGGCACACUCCAUGGAGAGCAUAAUCAUCGACCACCCGACCUUGACAGGCAGGAAACCUGCAAGGAUGAGGAAUUUCGAGGUGCUCAAAACCCUUCAUUUGAAUUGGGACUACCAGUUGUUUGGCAAGUCGUCCAAGAAACCGAGGCUUCACUCGGCAGGACUUGCGCCCGAGCUCGAGACCCUACACUUUACACACCAGCUCGGCACAGAUGAGGAAGUCACCGAGCUGUUCGAAUACACACUGCAAAUGGCGCAGCACACAAACAAGAAGCUGAAAACAGUCGUGGUCGUCGAAGGCGACCAUGGCGUGCCGAAAGAAAUUGUCGCUGCUUGCAAAGCCGGAGACAUCAAGUUGGAUAUCAUUGGGGCUUUUGAUGAUUACGAGGAUGGCAAUGGAUUAGACACGGGGCCAGUCGCUGAAAAAAACACCAAAUGGAGAUAA